UGCAUAAUCUUAAGCCCGUGCAAAGUUUUUUCUCAGAAAUUACGACACCGAGCAUGCUGAUUUUGGGCUCAUUCGACAGAGAACUUCUUAAUUAGUUAAAAGUUCAAUUGUGAAAGCUGUACAUAACUCAUGAGCUUCGCAAUUAAAGAAAAUCACAGGCGAAUUUUACCCCCACCACCGCGAAUCGUUUUAUUCAGAGAAAGUAUAGUCUCGGCGAAAGCCUCAGGCCAGCAGACGACAGGGCUGUCAAUGUACUUAUCCCGAGACUCUACCGAGUCUCUUGAAAAACGCCCGGCGACCUUUCAACGAUUAAUGGAUACCGUACUGCGAGGCCUUCAAGGUGUCGAACUAUUCGAACACCGGCGAGCGGUUUGCAAAGCAUGUGGAUAAAAUAAAAAUCGCAUAUGUUUAAUCACUGGUAGAUGUGCCGAGGAACGAGUUAGAACAAAUGUAAUAAAUUUAAUGCACGAAUCUCUCUUUGAAAUAACAGCAUAAAGAUGCUAGGACUCGUGUGUAUGCUGCUUCUCCCGGCCGGUGUAUUCUCUCUCGAUCCGUAAUCUGAGAGUUUAUACCGUAUCAACAAGUUCGACGGCAAUGCGGGCCUGUACUACGAACAUGAUGGUCCCAUACAAUUACAGCGUACGAACUGGUGGAUACACGGGCGGAGCCAGUCAGGGCCAGGGCAGGGCGUGCCUACUCGCCAUUACCAAGUAGCGACUCAAGGUCAAGUGAUGAUGAUCCGGACGAAGAAGUGCCAGAAUUCUGUGAAGACUUGACCUUGGGCGUGAAAGAAGAAACGAAAAUAGUAUUCUUGAAUAAUGUCGAAGAAUUCAGCGUUUCUCUUCUCAAAAAUAAACUGUACGCAUCCUGGCUCAACAACAAAAUUAAAAAAUGUAGCAGGAGGGCUUUUUCCCUCGCACCAAAAGACAUCGUUGUUGGCCAGAUGUGUCUCGCUUCAAAAAAAGGACACAAUAAACGCGGAAAAAUCCAAAGCAUCGACGGUGAGUGGGUCAACCUAGACAUCGUUGACAUUGGUGUUACCAAAAAAUAUCGGAUCCAGACACUGAGGCAACUCCCGGAAGACUUGCGAACCUAUCCAGCACUCGCUUUCCGGUGUCAAAGUAGUAUCGGAGAGGCAUAUGCGAAUGCGAAUCUCGUGGAAUUGAUCGAUCGUUUUACCCAAAGUGAAAAGACGUUCGAGAUUAAGCCAGUCGAACGUCUAGGAGAUCACAAGUUCAGAGUUGAACUGUUCCUGAGCGAAAACUUCGAGACCGCGGUGGCGGAGGAAAUGGAUCGGGAAGGGAACGAGGAGGAGUCAGCUUCAUCAGAAAAUGAUGGUCAAUCCGCUCAUGCAGAAGAUGUAAGAAAUAUGGGGCAUUUGGUGCGGGGACACAAGAUGGUCGAAAUCGCGGGCUUUUCGCUCUAUAGGCCGAAUGAAUACAACAGGAUUAGGAAGGAUCUGCAUUGGACCGCGGGAGAGCAGAGUGAAUUAAGGUGCCUUAAUGAAGGGUGCAACUUCACAGUUAGCAAGGGAAAAAAGGAGGUCAUGAGAGACCACUGGAUGGCCCACCAUAGGAAUAAAAAAUAUAUGUGUGUGUAUUGUUUUAGGGAAGAAGAAGUUAAGAACUUUGUAUCCACACGCUCGCUUGUGAAUCAUUGCAAACGUGUGCACGUCGAGGAGAGAAGAGAUUAAAAAAAAAUAACAAAAUAAAAAACCGAUAAAAUUA